CACGAAAUUCCACCUCACCCCACGAACUCCGAGCCGCCUUGGCCCUGCCCAUGGCUCGGAUACCAAACUGCUUCGUUGCGGGUUUAGCUGUAUAGCUGAUCCAACAUCUGUUAAUAGCUUAUCCUCCACGAGGUCUAUGCGGGGUACGCAUGAGUAUAUGAUCACCUCGAUGGAACCAAAUUAAAAGCUAUUCGAUACCAUACCAAAUAUCUCCUCAGGUUCCUUAUAUCACCUCAGCUUUGACAAUCAACUUAUGCUACGCAAGUCGCCAUGGCAACAGAAAAGGUCGUCCCGACUGAGCAUGAGCUCCAAGGACUUGACCUGAGCAACCCUGAGGUUAUCGAGCUCAUCCACCAUGCGCAAGAGAGCGAUGCAGCCGACCGCCAGUUGACGGUGCGCCAGGCCUUGAAGAAGUAUAAGAAGGCUGUCUUCUGGGCCAUGUUCUUGUCUACUAGUCUCAUUAUGGAGGGAUAUGAUCUUGUCAUUAUCACUUCAUUUUACGCCCAGUCACAGUUCCAAAACCGAUUUGGCUCAUUCGACGAAACAUCGGGAACGAACCUCAUUACUCCCGCCUGGCAAUCGGGUCUGUCUAACUCAGCUGUUGUUGGCCAACUUGCUGGGCUGUUGGUGAACGCAUACUGCCAAGACCGAUUUGGUUGUCGAGUAACCAUGAUGAUUUUCAUGGGGUGGAUGACAGUGACGAUCUUUAUCCCUUUUUUUGCGCCGUCGCUGUCCGUCUUAGCCUUUGGGGAGGCGAUGUGUGGUAUUUCGUGGGGUGUCUUCCAGACCCUCUCUACAGCAUACGCUUCCGAGGUCGUUCCCACUGUCCUCCGACCGUAUGUCACCGCCUAUGUCUGCAUGUGCUGGGGUGCCGGUAUUCUCCUCUCCUCUGGUGUCGUCCGAGCCGUAGCAGGCGUUGAGGGCGAUCUCGCUUGGCGUCUCCCGUUCGCCCUCCAAUGGGUCUGGCCCAUCCCUCUAAUGAUUGGCGCAUACCUCGCCCCUGAAUCUCCCUGGAAUUCAGUCCGGCGAGACAAGGUGGAUGAGGCAAGAGAAAGCCUGAUGCGUCUUCGCGAAGAUUCGCCAGAUAGAGAGCGGGAAGUGAACGCAACACUGGCAUAUAUCAGGCAUACGACGGCUCUAGAGAAAGCCGAGACGGGUGAUGCAAGCUUCUGGGAGUGUUUCCAUGGAACUAAUCUUCGACGAACUGAAAUAAACUGCGUAGUGUGGGCCGCCCAAAUCCUUUGCGGCAAUGCCAUCCUUGGCUACUCUGUCCUCUUUCUCCGCGCUGCGGGGUUUUCUGAAAUCCAGGCGUUCAACAUCAACAUCUCCCUUUCCGCAUGCUACAUUGUCGGCGGCGUAAUUUGCUGGUUUCUGUUUCCCCAUCUCGGCCGAGCAACAAUCUAUAUGAGCGGGCUAACAUUUAUGUUCGUCUGUCUCAUCACCAUAGGUGGUCUCGGUUUCGCUAGUGGAAAGAACAUCGAAAUGGCAAUUGGUAUCCUCUUGGUCAUAUCAACACUGUGCAAUAUGAUUACUAUCGGACCUGCUUGUUAUCCCAUCGUGGCUGAGACACCGUCAGGGAGAUUGAGGUACAAGACGAUAGCCAUCGGGAGAUUUGUAUACAACCUCACAGGAAUUUUCUCCAAUUCCGUCACACCGCGCAUGCUUUCGCCUAUUGGCUGGAACUGGGGCGCAAAAUCAGCACUCUUUUAUGCCGGAACCAAUCUCCUCUGCAAUAUCUGGUGUUGGUUCCGCCUUCCUGAGACCAAGGACCGCUCCUUUGGCGAGAUUGACUUGCUCUUUGAUAAUAAAGUUCCAGCAAGAAAGUUCAAAUAUACUAAAGUAGACCAAUUUGCCCGGCAGAACGAUUAUGAAACGAAAGUAGCGGCUGUUGAGCACUUGGAGAACCAGCCUUAGUGAUCGUGUAUAUUAGAAAGUUUCAUUUACUUGUUUGUCAGUUAUGUUAUAAUAUAUUCAUUAUUCACAACUAGGCUGUGGUUAAGCUAGAAUAGUUAUAAGUGAACUGUG